AUGUUUUACCAGUGGAUAUCUUUUGGGAUUCUGCUAUUUUUUGUAAACUCCCUGGUCAGUGGUGAAGAAUGCAAACACUAUCAACACCUAACAGCCAAUACUUAUUAUGCAUAUUUUACAUUCCCUAAUUCCGAUAGAAAAUACGAAAAUAAUCAGUCCUGCAGUUGGUUAAUCUUUUCGGGAGGCAAAGAUCUGUCCUUGGAAAUUCAGUGGUUGUGGGUGGACAUUGAGUUCACAGUCGGGUGCAAUGCUGACUACGUUCAAAUUUACAGAGGUAUGAAUCGGGAGACUGGAGAGUUGCUCGAUCAUCGCUGUGGAAAAAGCACAAGCGCCAUCCAAAACAUCGGACGUUACGGCUUGGUGUACUUUAGUAGCAACAAUGAAACGGUGGGAUCCGGUUUCAAGUUCCGUUAUCGGUCAAAAACAGGUAUGACGAGCUGCAAAAGCCCGGAAUCUUUAACAGCUCACCCGUAUCAAUGGCAAGUGUUCACAUCUCCCUAUUACCCGAAACCUUACGUCAGUAACCUUGUAUGCCACUGGGUCAUUACGGCAGCCGAUUCAGACAACAUUGUGCAUUUACAGUUUGAAGAUUUCGAUGUUGAACUUACUGAUGAUUGUACGAAGGAUUAUCUCCAGAUUCACGACGGUGGAAGCAAGGACAGCCCGCUGUUAGGAACCUACUGUGGGCAGGAUUUACCCGAGGUGAAGAGCACUGGACGGAAAAUGUUCAUAUCUUUGUAUUCGGAUGACCAAGGACAGAAUAUUGGAUUCAAGGCGAAAUAUAUUGCUUCACAAACCGGUUCUCAGUGCAGUGGAAUUACUUACCUAGUGGCUGUCCGGAACCGGAAGAAAUACCUACUUUCUCCGAAUUAUCCGCAUUUCUACGGCAGUAAUCUCUCUUGUUCCUGGUUGAUCCAGUCUGGGAGUAUCGGUCGUUCCAUGUAUUUGGACGUGAUCGAUUCCGACAUCGAAUAUUCAGAAGGCUGCCAAAAAGAUUACGUAGAAAUAUACUUAGGUCUUUCUCGAGAUGCUCCAAUUUUUAGUCGAUGGUGCGGUGGUACGAGACGAAAAUUCUACACCUACAAUUUUUACAAUUAUCUCUUUGUCCAUUUUCACACUGACAGCGCCUUCUCCGGAAGAGGAUUCCAGUUGUCGUAUUACCUUGUUCAGACUGAUUCGGUCUGUUCCGAGUCGAUCUCUGUGACGGUGGUGAGAAAUUCGUGGCACGAGUUAACUUCGCCUUACUAUCCAACCGUUUAUGAAGGAAACGUCACUUGUACUUGGGUGAUUGAAUCCCAGCAUCCAAAUGAUUUGAUAGAAAUGCAAGUGGUUGAAUCAGAAAUCGAAGAAUCUAUUGGAUGUAUUUAUGACUAUGUUACCAUUUAUGACGGUCAUAAUAAAGAGGCGAAAGUGCUGCGCCGUUGGUGUGGAAAAGAGACUCCGCAUUUUCUCAGCAGCCAGUCAGCUUUCGUCAUUGAGUUUUUCACAGACAAUUCCUACGAGUACAAAGGUUUUAAAAUCCGGCUCCGGUCUGUCAAAAGACGAGAUGUAUGCGGUCCGGCUGGAUAUUUUGCUGUCAAGGGCGAAAUUAAAUAUCUAUCUUCACCUACGACCUUAUCGCCACUAUACAGAUCUGCAUCCUGUAUGUGGCUGAUUGAAACUAAUCCGGGAGACAUCCUCAAAAUAGAAGUCAUCUUUUCAUCUCUCGGCCAGUCUCCAGUUUGCGACAAUACAUAUUUUAAGGUUUAUGACGGACUAACUGAAGACGAUCAAUUAUUGGGAUUCACUUGUGGGAAUCGAACUCCAACCUACAUAUCAACGGGACAACACAUGCUCCUCACAUUAAAGUCAUCUAACGAAAGCAAUGGAUUUUUUAUGAGCUACACCGCUUUAACAAGGGCCCACAAGUGUGAAAACAUUCACCAGCUCACUAGUACGAGAAAGAAAACGUAUUUCACAACACCGGAUUUCUCUGUUUCAGCGAAAAGUUCGACAUCGUGUUCUUGGCGAAUAACAGCCAGUGUCCCUGGAGAUGUUAUUCGGCUACAAAUCGUCUUUGCAGAGAUUUUAAGCAAGCCCGAAUGCAAGGAUGCACAUGUUGAAGUUUUUGAUGGUUUUGAUGAGUUUGCUCCAUCGUUGGGAAAGUUUUGUGGCAUCGACGAACCUUCGUUUAUCUCCACAUCAGGUGAAAUGUUUCUGAGACUUCGAGGCAUUAUUCUCGGUGCAACUCGAUUUACGGCUGUUUUCCAUUCAGAACCACCAGACUCCGGGGAAAUCUGUCCGGACGGUGUCGUCCUGGUGAAUGCUACAACAACAGAACAAUUCUUUAAUGUAACACCGUCAAAAUCUCAGACAGCAAGUUCAAAACUUUGCCGUUGGCAGAUCACUGGCGGGGAAGCAAACGACACGAUUCUGCUCCAAUUUCUCCUUGCCAACUUCGGUCAGAAAAGUUCAGACUGUAUGUCUGAAUAUAUAUCCGUCCAUGAAGAUUCAAGUUCUUCAAGUCCUGUCCAAACAUUUUGUGGAAACGAAAGACCAACGAUUCGAUCCCAAAAAAACACAUUGCAUAUUUCAGCCUUGUCAAAUUCUUCCGAAUUCUCUUUUAUUGCUAAAUUCCAAAUGAUCUCAGACCCAGAGUUGAAUUACGAGGCUUUGAAAAAUGCCACAAGCCAGAAAAAGUUUUUUUCAUCUCCUGAUUUCUUCAAUCAAAGCGAAACUUCUAUGUUUGUCCACUGGGUUAUCAAGGCAGCAGAAAAAGAAAAAGUCAUCUUUGAAUUGGCUUAUUCUGGAAUUCCACGGACUUAUAAUUGUGAUAUGGCAUCAGUUUCGGUCUACAAUAGCGCAACAGAAUCAUCAGUGGACACGUUGCUGGGUAGAUUUUGCGGUCCAAACGGUGUCACUCUGAUAUCUACCGGAAAUUAUUUACUUGUAAAAUACAAUACAAAAGCAAUGUCCGAAAGCAGGGGCUUUAUGGCUGCUUAUUAUACAAAAAAGAACGAACCUCCAAAAGUUGACAACACCUCGCAGAAAUUCUCCGCCAUUUGCAUUGUUCUUAUCGUUAUCGGCGUUGUAGUCGUAAUGAGUUGGUUGCUUUGGCGAUGGCGACGAAAUAUGCAGUAUAGAUUCGUCCGGAUUCGUCACUGGCCAGACGAGGACAACGACUAA